UUGUUUGCCAAGCGCCUUAAAACUCGAAGAAGCAGAAGAAACGAUUAGGCGUAAGCGAAGUGUCUCAGUGUAAAAUGAACAAUUUGGACGGUUUGAACACGUUUUUAACAGAGCGCUUGAUGGCAGUCGCUGGAGAGAUAUUCACUGUGUUUAAAGACGCGUUCAGUGAAUAUCAGAGUGAAAUCGAGCGAAUAAAACAGGAGAACCGGUGUCUCAGGGAGGCGCUGGCUGAAAUCUACAACAGUGUUCAGGAGCGAGCAGAGAAGCACAGUUUAAACCAGAGAGCCCUGGACUCUGACACCUCCUUCAUUGAAGUGAACCUGGAACUAGAAGCCAAUCCAAACACAUCUGAUCAACCACAACCGUCUCAGAGUCAUCAACACACGUGUACGUCAAAGUUCGCAAGUGUCGAUGAAGAUCAGGACCCUGAAUCGAGCAUCUCGGAGCAAUCCGGGGUGAAGGAUGAAACCGAGGACUCCAGAGAUUUACACGAAGGCUCGUUAUACGCCGUCAAAGUGGAGCCGUGUGCAUCGCAGGAUGACUUUUCUGUUGAAGUUAAAAAGGAAGCAGAAGAUCAUCAAGAGAUGGAGCAACAAGGGCCUCUUUCUUGUUCUUAUUGCGAACAAACAUUCACUGACGUUCCUGAGCUAGCGUCACACGUACAGAGUCACAGAGCUUUGUUCACCUGCGAAGUCUGCGGAAAGUCCUUUAAGCAAAAAGGGACGCUGAAAACACACAUGAUCGUGCACCAGAAAGAAAGACCUUUUGGCUGUAGUUAUUGUAAAAAACAGUUCAAGCUGAAGUGCCACCUGAAAGAGCACGAGAGGAUUCACACGGGUGAAAAACCCUUCAGCUGUCCAGUGUGCAGGAUGAGUUUUACUCGCUCCAAUCCUAUGAAGAUACACCUUCGUAAUCAUCACCAGGAGCAGUUCUAACCACAUCUAGUUCUUAUCACAAUCUGGGCUGGAUGAUAUUAAACUUGUGGAUAAAAUUAUAUUUUCUUUUAUUCGUCUCUUGUUGUUACCUUUGUUACUAUAUUUGAUGCAAUUACAUGGCUAGUUUUAAUAUUAGAGAUUUGCUGAAUAUAACAGAAGUUCUAAUCCUGUAUUACUGCUGUUUUUUUUCUUUCACUACUCUGCUUAUGAAUCUUACUAUCCAUGCUAAACAAAUUACUUUGUGAGUCUGAUUUCUACUGAUUAACACACAGGGUUCUGUUUUUUUAUUAUUAUUAUUAUUAUUAUUAUUAUUAUUAUUAUUAUUAUUAUUCCGGAUUCAGAGGUUUUACACAUUUUAUACAGAUUUUAUAGAAAACUGAAAAUGGAUGAUUUACACGUCAUUAAUGUUAAACCAACCAUUUAUUAUUUUUAGUAAUAAAUAGGGGAUCGUUUAGGUGAUUUGUUCUGACUGCUUAAAGAACUGUUUUACUUCUGGUGCUUUAUUAAGUAAAUGCUUUUUAAUGGUGGGAUUGUGGGUCCACUUGAUGCUCCAAAAAUACAAAUACAAAAUGUCUGCAACUCACAGGCUGUAAAUAAAACACAGGAUCUGAUUUUUAAUGAGAGCUUUUAAUGAGAGCGUUAUUCAAACUGUAUAACAGAGACAAAUUGUAUAAAAAGGCAGAGAAAAUGAGUUUGCUAUGUUGAGUUGAUGAGAUGAAGAAAACAACUGUCCACUGUAAACUAUUCACAGAAGUGUACGUAAUAAAUAUCUACCUUUACUAA